AUGACAUAUAAUUGGACUUUUCGGAAUCCUGACUAUGGUUCAUAUUCUUAUGAUGUCUCUUAUAAAAAUUAUAGAAUUGUUAAACAAGGAAUUCAAUUCUAUCUUAAAGUAGAUAAUGGAUAUGAAAUGAUAAUGUCUAAAACAAAAGAUUUGACUGUUGGAGAUAUUACAGCUUCAGUAUCUUACAAAUUAUUUGGUGAUGCAGAUUAUAUUAACAUUAUUCACACGGUUAAAAACAAUGGAACUAAAUCACAUAAAAUCAGUAUGAGAGUUGAGGCAAAAAUAGAAAUAGUCGAUUUAAAUGAAGGAUUUAGUGGAGAUUAUUAUUGUAAUCAAAUUAAUAUUGAUGGAUAUAAAGGAGUUGAAUUUCAAGGUGAUGAUAAUCAUAAUGUUAGAUUUAUACUUAAGAACUCCCCUAUGAUUACAGAUGUUGAUACUUACUCAUAUUAUCUUUGCCCUGAUUAUGGAGCAUGGAAUAAUUGUACAGAUUGGACCAAUAUUAAUGCUGCUGCAAGAAUUUAUUUUUCAUGGAAAGAUCGAGAAAUUAAACCAAAUGAAAUACAAAAUUAUUCAUAUAGUAUUGGUAAAGGUAAAUAUCUCAAAAGAAAAGUUAUCAUACAAACACCAAUUGAACCAUGUUAUGAUAAUUCAAACAAAAUAAAUCUUUCUCUAUCAAUUGAAUCAUUAAAAAAAGGUGAAACAUUUUCUAUAUUCAGACAAGUUUUUGAUAGUUCAUUCAAUUCGGUGACAGAUAAAUUGGAAAUUGUUUCAAAUCAAACAGACGAUGGGAAUACAUUUAGCUACAUAGAUAAAUUUACACUUCCUUCCUCCCCAGGAAACUACAUUAUUUCAUAUACAACACUUGAUUCAAAUGGGGAGAGGACCACAUCAAUUCCUAUCGUGGUAAAUAAAAUUCCAAAUAUUAAACUGAAACAAAAUAUUGAAAAGGAAUAUCAAUACAAAUCAUUUAUCCCGAUUAAAGUAGAAAUCGAUGAUGAUUCAUUUGUGAAUUUAUCCAUUCUUGAUGAUGGUGAAAUUAUAGUUAGUUAUUCAAUCGCAUGCAAUGGCAAUAAACAAACUGUUGAAUAUAACUUGCUUCUGAAUGGAAAAGAUGAUAAUUCAGAUCAUAACAUUUCUAUUUACGCUUUCGACGAGUUCAACUUUAAAUCAAAUGUUUUGGAUUUCAGGUAUAAAAUACCUAAAUUAAUGCCUGAGAUUCAGAUUUUAUCACAGUUCUCUGAAACAUAUACAAGAAAUGAAACCUACUACUUUACUGCUUCUGUUUUUUGCAAGGAUGAAGUGAAUUUCAUCAUGCUUGAUGACAAUCAGUAUAUUUACUUUUAUGAUAAUGUUAAAUGCCAUGGAAAGACAAUUGAAAUGAUUAAAUCAUUCUCAAUUCCUGAUGACUAUGAAUAUGAUUCUUCACAUAAAAUCUCCAUUUUUGCUGAAGAUUCUUCUCAUGAUACUUCAAAUUACUAUAACUUUUCUUAUAAAGUUUUGCCAAAUAAUCCACAAAUCAAAUAUCAUGGCAACAGCCCAUUAUAUAUUAGGAGAAAUAUGACGUUGCAAGUUCACACAGAUAUAAUGUUUGAUAUGAAUUCCAGAUAUGGCGAAGUUUAUUCUUCAAUUAAUGAAGAACAAUAUUCUUUGGUUGCAAAAUUGAAUGAUAUUACAGCUAAUACAUGGGGUUAUUACGUAUUCCAAAUAGACAUAUCACACACUGGAAAUAGAAAUGGAAAUAAUACUAUUAAUUUAUAUACAAUUGACUCCGAUAAUUUGAAAUCUAAUAUUAUUGAAAAUAAUUUUGGAUUUUUUCGUAUCGAGCAAACAUGUUUUUGUAAUCUUGUAUGGAAAAGAAACUCCUUCUUUUUCUCACUAUAUAAUGCAGUAUUUACUGGCAAAAUAAAUAAAUCUUUUUAG